GUGUUGCCCUCUCGUGUUAUCCCAUAACAUUCAAGCCAACAAAUGCGUCAGGUUUUCAGAUAAUUAAGAAGUGUGCUCUAACAAGCAAAAACAGCUCAAGCUGCACUAAUGCCAUCGACAAUCCUUUCUGUCGAAUACUAACAGAACUCUCGCAUUAAGCUCUGGUCAUCGAAGUUCUCUAAAAGACAACAAAUGAAUACAAUUAUUACCUCUUGCCUGAUUUCUUGAUUCCUCUCAGACGAUGAGCGAUAUUUAACAGCCCAGCUUGAUAUUUGAAGUAUGCCUUGUUCUAAAAAUAACGUACAGCUUUUAACCAUUUUAACCCUAUUUCGUUUCAAAGACUAUUUCUUGUUACUCAUGUCAUUAAAGAGACAGUUUUGUCUCCUUAGCAGUGUGCGAGCCAAGGGAGAGCCUUAGAUCCACUGUCGCCAUGUAUUUUAUCCCAUUUCGGUACUCGGAAUGGUUGAAAAAGAAAACUCGAAACUAUUGUAUUUGAAAAGCACUCUAAUGAGAUUUAAAUUCUAGUACCCUUUGAACAAAACUUAACGUGAACACAGUUCGAAUAUCGAGUUCGUCCUUUACAUAAUUCUUUGCCGUCGGACGUGCAGGCUCUUUAUGGGUGUAGCGUCAGGAAGAACUAAUGAGUAGUAAAUUACCGAUCUGUAAUUGCAUUUAGCUCCGAUUACUUAGUAGUUGUACUAAUUACUUAGUGGUUAUGCUUUUAGGCGGUAAAGCCGCCAAAAGUCCUCAAAAUCUCUCACGUACCUCGAUCGGAUUACGAAAGCAGUCCUUUACCGCUUGGGAAACUUCUGAUAUUGUACAGUAAUAAACUACUUAGCUAACAGUUAUGUUUAGCUAAUAGAAAGAUGCGUCAGAAAAUUUCAGAAAGGGGCAAGAUUUACCCCCUUGUUUCUUUUACAAAAUGUAAUUCCAAGCCUUUGACGUACAAACUAUUUAUAUCGCCUAUACAAAUAUUCUAGUUGAGUACUUCUCAAUCGCAAACAGACCGACCAAUCCAGGGAGGACCUCAAAGGUAUGAGCUUAAAAAUCGAUUGUUUAUUAUCGGCCGAAUGUAGUGCAUUUCUAGAACUCUGUAGUUGGUAUCGAAAAUAUUUAACUGAGGGGAGAGUUUUCCUCGAAAUUCUGUUUGUCUUUAACUAGCUCCCUGUUUUAAAUUAUCUCCUGCUUUUCUGUCUCCGCUUGCAAGCAAAAUUCUUACCUUUGAUUGCGUGGUUCCUAGACGAAACUAGUUGAGGGGCACGUGAUUGGAUUUACGCUGGGCGUGAAAUGAAAGUGGAUUGUUGGGUUUAUAUUUCGAGAUAUCAUAUAUGAUAAAGAUGAGGUUUAUUUUUUCAACAAACCGAUGUAAAAAAUUCCUUUUGUAAUGUACGCACUAUUUGUGGGGUUAACGUGUAUCCAAAAUGUUUCAAAGGGUAAUUUUAGUACAGUGCGUGUUCAUUCUAUUUCCUCUUCGGUGUUUUUGUUCGAAGCAUUUUUUCCAAAGUCCCAUUCUGUUGUAAGGAAAGUGUCUGUGUCUUUACUUGAAAAUGGUCCAAAAAAUCGUCGGCCGUUUAAUUCUGAUGAUGAUCUCUCAAACCAGUGGAGAGGAUACUACUGUGUAACCAUAGUACCUCUCAUGAAUAAAGGGGGGUAAAUUUAAAGAAGCUGUGGUAUUGCGUCGGUAGGGGGUAUCAUAAGAUAGCUUGGUUUUAUCAAGUGAGAUGAUAAUGCAGUUCUAAAGAGUUUCUACUAAAGCUGGGUGACGUCUCAAGCGUUAGUCUUAAGAGUUAAUGUUACCUCUCAGUUGAGCGAAGUAUAACAGAGUAUAGUUUUUCUGUCGAAACGUAUUUCUGAUGUUGAGUUAAGUAUAUUAUUUUAAGUAUUGACGAUUACACGCAAAUUUUUACGGUCCCUGGGAGACAUUCUUCUCGAUCCUAUAAAUCCUAUGAAGGAAAAAGGAACUGUGGAGGGCAAAAUAUCGUACUGACGUAUACCUCAGCUUUAUGCGUAUUCUGUCGCGGUAGUUCACGAGUCAAGAGAGCGAUAUUUUUUUAUUUGAUGAACGAUUUUUAAAAGGUUAUCCGGUGUUUAACUUUAAUCCCUCCAGGACAUAUAUAUUUUUAGUUGGAUGUUAAAUGGUUUUCACUGCUUUUCUCAUGCUCAAAGCAAGUCGGUCUUUAAAGCAUUAAUUUAGACCUCAAGCGCACAAGGUCGAAAAUAGUUUUAGCUUUGUAUAGGCGCCCUUUCGAAAGUUAAGCGGAGCAAGUCUCACGUGGGCUACAAAGCUGGGUAGGUACUUUCACAUUGUCGUACAUUUCUUUGUGAGAUUGAUCUCCUGGAGAAAGGAAUCGUGCUGACAGUAUUGUAACAAUCUUACGAAGAGCGUGGCCGGGUCCAAAGUUUCUUUGGCACGUGAAAGAAGCGAGUUCAGUAAAUUGUGCAUUUGUAAAAGACAGCAGGGUAUUCCCUUUUUUGAAAACAGCAUAGACAUAAAACAUGAUGACAUAGCAUGUUGCUUGAUAUUUCAGUGAUAUCUUAUUGCCCUCAAGGUUUCUUUUGCCAUCCCGAUUGAAGCGCACUUUGCGCUUGACUGAUCUGCUUGUAAGUUAUCAUCAAAGCGUAUAGUUAGCCAGUCUUACACUUUUAGAAGAACUAACUUUUUAUCGUCAUGAUUCCUUUCAGAUUCAUUGUUACAAAAAAGGGAACAUAAACAAGUCCACCUGCUCCGCUAACAACGUACCCUUAGAUUAUUAGCCAGGAGGAUAAAGAUCAAUGGAUCUGUUCCUGACUUUCCUGCUUUUUGCAGUACUAGGGACAACGUAUGUGUGCAGUAUAUACGCUGAACUGAUCAAAGAAGAAAACGGAAAACCCGCCAAGUGGUCCGACCUGACCAUUACAGAAACCCAAGUGGAAAAUGAUGUAGGGACUCUAUUUCUUAACAUAGAAGAAGAAAGCAAUUCGUUAGAAGAAUUUGCUGAAAAAGUCCUUUCGGCCUUCACACCAACCAGAAAGACUUCCGGGCAUGGCCUCUCCAUAAAACAAGUGCAUUCCAGCCAAGGUAGACGGAGAAGACAAAUCUUUGGAGAGGACAACCGAGUUAAUAUGCGAACUUCUCUCGAAGCUCAGAUGUAUCCGUUCUCCACUGCAGUGAUGCUUUCUUCCGGUUGCACUGGCACGCUCAUCGGGCCUGAGCACGUGCUGACAGCCGCUCACUGUGUACACGACGGCAAAAGACACUUAAAAAUUGCCAAACGAUUAAAAGUUGGUUUGCUCCAGCGAUCAGGAAAGUUCCACUGGAUCCAAGUGAAGAGAAAGUUUAUACCUAAAAAGUGGAAGAAACAGACCCAAACAAAAGAGAGGCUGAGAUACGAUUUUGCAGUUUUAAAACUGAAGCGCAAGCACUCAAGAAAACACAUGUCCGUGCAGAUAAGCAGUCUUCUUCCCGGUUCGAAAAUUCAAUUCUCUGGUUUUCACGGUGACAAAUGGUACAAUUCAUUGUGGUACACAUAUUGCUCUGUAUACAGAAAAGCGAACGACAUGAUUCUCAACUUUUGCGAUGGAGUUAGAGGUGUCUCCGGCUCUGGAGUUUACGUAAACUCCCCUAGUCGCCAUGAGAGUGCGGUAGUUGGAGUGGUUUCGGCAAUAGUUCGCGGAAAAGUCAAAGGCAAAGAGUUCAAAUUUAAUGUUAUUAAUUCCUUUACCGGCACUAAGGUACGGCAGAUCUCAAAGUGGGUCCGGCGUUAGAAAGAAUAGAAAACAGUCCACAGAAGCAAUGGAAUCGAACAUUCUUUUUUAAAUCGAAACGGGAAGCGACAGUUUGUUUCAGUAGUUUCGGAACAUUGGUUACAACACAAAGUUUACCACAAAGACACAUUACUAGCAACUCAUGAACAACUGUUUUCUCCAUGAUAGGUAAACAAUGUCACACGAAUUUCCCAAGACGACGAGCACUUACCUUGAUCAAGAAUAGAAUGCAUUGAAACUCAUUCGUUUCACAACUUUUCAUAUCCGAGCGAAGAAGGCUACAUGAACGCUAUGUACAUUUGUUAUCAGUUACAAUUGGAAAAAAAGUUUCCGUGACCUUUACAUCUUUAGAGUUGCGCUUUAGUGAAUUACGUUCUAUUUAGGUUUGUAUAAAGGUUGAUGUGGAUUAAAUGAAGAUUAUUGUAGCUUUAAGUUUUCCCGUGACACUCACAUGUUGCGCUGGAACAUCACAUAUACAAUCCGCAGUAACUGUUUUUACUUCACAGCACUUUGAUUAAUUAAAUAAAAGACGCUUUCAGCCUAUAUAUUUGCUUAUUUCGCUUUCUAGAACUUGUUUUCAAUUAUGAUCAGUUAAAAUGCUACUUGUCAAUUUAUCAUGCUAUGAAACAGGCAUUAUAUGUCAACUGGUAAUCCUUAAUAAGGGAAAGGUAAUAAAUGCAACAGAAAAUAUAUUGGUACUACCAUGAUCUUUACAUUCUUUAAACCUUAGUGUCACUUAAAAGAGGGCGAGAACGAGAUGCAUUAUAUUUCACCAAACUAAACACAGAUGGUUUUUGUAGUCAAAAUCACCGUUGUCCUAAAGUGAUUUAUAACUAUAUCAUUGAUUUAUACAGAU